AGCAAAAAAAUUAUUUUUUGAAAAUUGAAAUUGCGUUGCUUUUACGCAAAAUUUAUUUGAAGGUGGUUGACGGAAGGACACGUUAUGGCGUGGGCCAGCCGUCCGUGCGACAAAGUCCGCCCGUCCCGCACCGGAUAGUCCCAUAUCCGUUUCGGGAAGGCUGGCGCUGAAAUGGGGCUUACCGGAUCUGACAGUCGAGUCUCUAUCGAUUUAUUAAAUUCUAAUCUUUCCUAUUAAAUUUACAAAUUACAAUGUUUCCUUCAAUUGGUAUUGCAAAAAAGAAAAAUCCAGUUGAAAAAGAAUCUACUCUUCGUGUGAUUGAUUUCAAGCUUUUUCCUUCUACUUCAAGGAACUAUCCCCGUUUUGAUUAUGAACAAGUUUGUCGUGAAUUGAAUUUUGAUUCCAAACAAACAGAUGUUAAUAAAUGUGAUGGAUUUCAUGACAGGGAUGCUGAGGAAAUUGUUAGACGCCUUGAAGCUAAAUAUGGUACUGGAACGCUCAACUUUUCAUCUCCAACUACUGGAUCUAAGAAACUAAAGAAAAAUAAAAAACUUCUUAAAUUUGUGCCUGAAGAUGUGAUGGAUAAAGGACUUGGAUAUGUACAAGAAGAUGAUUUUAUUGACGAUACUGAAGCGUAUGAUGAAUGGGUACCAACAACAAUGGAUACAUUAAAACAUGGACAUUAUGUAAAUAAAGGCCCAUUGGAAUUUCGACAACUUGACAUUGAAACUUCCACUUCAGAGUCAACUUCAAGUGAAUCAGAAAGUAGUUCGUCUUCAGAUGAUGAUGAUAUUGAAAUAUGUGAACAAACAAAUGGAGAACUCCAAAAAACUGAUUCAAAAGAAAAACAUUCCAAUUCAACGUGUGAUAAAGAAAAAGAAAUUUCUAAAAAAGACAAUUAG